AUGGCUCAAGUUUAUGGCAGUAGUGGUUGUUUCCAAGAGGAGAAGGAGGCGUUGCUGGAUUUCAAGGCUGCUUAUUCCAGUUUAUGUAAGAUGCAACAACUCCAGGAGCAUUGGGAUACAUGCCUUGGCAAUUUGACAUUACUCCGCACUCUUGAUCUCUCUUCUAACUCCUUAACUGGGAGCAUUCCAGCACCUUUGAUAUCUCGUCUCACAUCUCGAGUGAACUUACCCACAAAAAUAAUUCCUACUUUUCUCUCAUAUCAAAAUGGCUUGAGUUAUAUUGAUAUGUCAGGGAACAACCUGGUUGGAAUGUUUCCUAGUUGGUUGCUUGUGAACAACCCAAAACUAGAAAAAGUGUAUUUAAAUGACAACUCUUUCACUGGAUCUUUUAUACUACCCUUUGAUCUAAAUCAUAAUAUGGAUCAAUUAUCCUCUCUGGACAUAUCAAACAACAAGAUCCAAGGGGAGCUCCCUCAUAACAUAGGAGCUUUCCUCCCAUAUUUAGAGUUUUUUGAUGUCUCAAACAAUAUGUUUGAUGGUCAUAUUCCUGCUUCAAUUGGAAAAAUGUCAAUCAUGGACACAUUGUAUCUGGGGCAUAAUAAUUUUUCUGGCAAAGUACCUGAGCAUAUUUCUAACCUACGGUUUUUAAAAGAUUUGAUGUUGGAUAAUAACCAGCUCAAUGGAACACUUCCAACUGGAUUUGGAAAGUUAUUUAUGCUUAUUAUCUUAACUGCAUCAAGGAACAACUUUGAAGGUGAAAUAACAGAAGAUUGGUGCCAACUUGAGCUUACUGUUUUAGAUCUAUCUCACAAUAAAUUAUCUGGCGCAGUGCCCCCAUCCUACUUCGAAAAGCCAUUAUUUUUAUUCUUGCGAGGAAAUAAUCUUAAUGGCACGAUAUCUAAAACAUUAAUAGCCCAAUCCAGAGCAGAGGCCAUUGAUUUAAGUGACAACAAGUUUACAGGAACUAUUCCAGAGAACAUCUACAGGCUUGAGUCUCUAAGAUAUCUUUUAUUGGCAGGCAAUCAACUGCAAGGUCAGCUUUCUAGUCAGUUAUGUCAGUUACAAACUAUCCAGAUCUUAGAUCUUUCACGCAAUUACUUCACUGGCUCUAUACCAUCUUGCUUCAAUAAUAUGUGGUUUGCCCGUAGAGCACCUGAUAAGGGACAGUUUGGUACCUUUGAUGAGAGCAGCUACAUAGGAAAUCCAUAUCUUUCUUAUAAUAACAGUAACAGAGGCAUUGCAAUACUGCCACAACCUCCAACUCCAUUGAAUGAUGGAGUGAAAAAUGAGUCUGCAAUUGAUUUCACUUCCUUCUAUUGGAGUUUUGGUGGAUCCUAUGUCAUGGUGCUUGUAGCGUUGGUGACAAUCCUUUGGAUCAAUCCUCAUUGGCGGAGAGCAUGGUUUUAUUUUGUGGAAGGGUGUCUUCUUAAAUGCUUUGGUCAAUUUCUUGAAGAUGCUUUCUAUUAG